GGGUACCUGGCAGCUCUGGUAUGCAUCCCUAUCUCCCAGUUCUGAUACAAUUCACUCCACUUUUCUAACAACCUUGUCGACCAUUUAAUCUAUAUAGUCUAUAUAGUAUAGUCAAGAAGACUAGGUUAGGUUUGUCAGUGAAUUCAGUGAAUUUCUUCGAUUUCCACAAUUUAUUCUUAUUCAAAGACGAUUUUUAAUUAGAAAUAGAUAAACUAAGUUUUGAAACUUUAUGGACCUAAUGAUUAAUAAUCCGAAAAGCGAACUUUAUUUUUGCUGUUACUGAAUGACAAUGACUAUGACAAUCAAAAUGAUGAGAAUAAUUAAAUCGAAAAUUACCCACUUGAACUGAAUUAUACUAAAAAUUCCACAGUGUCAAAUUAAAAAUGACAUCUGAAAUUAAGGACCCAAGCAACAAGGAACAACAGAAAAUUGAUCAAAUGUCAGACUACCAGGAAGACGGUAAUUCAAAAUGUGAAUCGCCAAAACGUGGAACAACUCUGUCGACAAGUACGAGUAGUUUUGAAGCACUAGAUCCACACGAUCCGAAUUUAAGUCGUCUGGCAAAUAAUAUGUUUCAAAAAACUAGUGAAUAUUUACAGGAGGAAUUGACAGCGACACACGCCGAUUAUCGACUAUUAGAAAGACUUAAUCAAGAGACAAUAUCAAAAUAUUCCGAAUUAAAAACAAUCGCCACUAAUGUUUCCCAAUCAUUGAAUUCACUUAAUGAGAAAUAUAAAAAUUUACAACCCGUAUUAGACAAUAUCAAUCAGAUUGAUGACAGUGUAAAUAAAUUGGAGCAGGCCGCUUAUAAGUUGGCCAAUUAUUCCAAAAGAUUGGAAAAUAAAUUCAAGGAACUUGAGAAGGAGAAUAAAAAUUAAUUUUUCUUCUCUCUUUCCUCGACUCCUUUCACGAUUUCUCACGUCGUUGAAAAGUUCACAACGUUUAUUAUCAAAGAUUGUAAAAAAAUACUUUUCUUGACAAAUUUUUUUAUUUUAAAUUAUAUGAAAAAAAUUUACAAAACUGUUUUUGUGUAAAAAUAAAAAUUUGAACAAAAAUUAUUUUUUUUUCUUGAUUAUAAACGUUUUGAACUUCAACGUGAUUUCUCGCGGAGCAAUUGUAUAGCUAAUCAUUUUUCUCUAAUGUAAAUUCUAUUUCUUUAAAUUAGAAUUAAUUAAUUAAUUAAUAAAGUUGCUGAAAAAUUAA